GAACCCAUUGGUGAUCGUUAAUUUUGAAAGGUUACUUGAGCAAAAUUUUCGAACAAGAUUUAUGUCUGUAUACUAUGUCCUCAUGUCAAUGCAGGUAAACCCUUCUUCGUACUCUCCAACUCGUGUUUUCAGCCCACACUACGAUAAUUCUUCUGUCCAGUUUGAUUUGUCUAUGCAGCAGGAAAUUCGUGGAAUCCCGGAUUCGCAUCGCCCACUUCUGAUUCCAAGAAUUUUCGAAGCUAAAUAUAGACACGUCGAUGCUGACAAAAUGUACUUUACCGAUGGGUCUCUAAUUGAGGAAUCAACGGGAUUCGGAGUGUUCAACGAAACAACUAGCGCCUCUUAUAACCUCCAGUCUCCAUGCUCUGUGUAUAUAGCAGAGUUAGCUGCUAUUCACUGGGCCUUGGACAGCAUCGCCUCACGGCCUGUUGGGCACUACUACAUUGUAACGGAUAGUCUAAGCUCAGUUGACGCAAUACGAUCAAUACGACCGGGAAAGCACUCGCCGUUCUUCCUAGAGAAGAUACGGGAUACUUUGAGUGCUUUAACAAGACGUCGCUUUCCCAUUACCUUUGUUUGGGUUCCCUCUCAUUGCUCGAUAGUGGGCAAUGAGAAGGCAGACUCUCUGGCAAAGGUGGGGGCGACGGAAGGCGACACGUAUCCACGUGAAAUCGUCUUCAACGAAUUCUACUUCUUGGUACGAGGGAACUCUCUUGUCAACUGGCAGCGCAAAUGGGACGAGGAUGAGGAUGGUCGGUGGCUCCACUCGAUUAUCCCAAAGACGCGGUACUCUAUCGUUUUGACAUUGCUGGCAGCAAUUUGUGUAGUUGCGGCCAAGGUUACCAUGACAUCGAGCAUAUUGUUUGGUCGUGUGAGGUCCAUCUUGUCGCCAGAACGAAUUUAAUAGACUCCCUUAGGGCCCGAGGAAAACCAUCUAAUGUUCCAGUGAGAGAUGUACUAGCUGUGCUAGAUUUGGACUACAUGUUCGAAAUCUACCUUUUUCUAAAAGCUAUCGACCUUCGUCUAUAAUUUCCUUUUUAUUUUCAUAUUUCCCUUUCUAUCUUCCUU